CGUCGUUGAUUUCCAUCUCAAAUUUUGAUCUAUCUACAUCGUCCAUUCACGCACAGAGGCAAGUGCCCACAGAGGCAACCGCCCACAGAGGCAAACGCCCAGGCGACUGUUGUGCUGCGAUGUCAGAAAGCCCGCUGAUCACACCCUUCCUUGAACGACCGCCUGAGAUCCGAAACGCCAUCUACGCUGCUUUAUUUGAUACAAGCGAACCGAGGAAGCUGCUGUGCACUAAUCAAGGCGAGCUACACUGCUCUGUCGGUGGCAUCAACUUACUCUACACCUGCCGCGCCACAUAUCGAGAGACAAUCGGUUUUGUGUAUGGCAGGCAUCCUUUUGUGGGAAUGUUCGGUUUUCCCAAUGAAGGCGGGGCGCGUCUACUGGCCCUCUUGCAGCCCAUCAGGCGCUGGCUUCGCGAUAUUGGCGAAAAGCGUGCGUUAAUGACUGGCCUUGAGAUUGAUCUGACUGGAUCCCUCGUACGUCUACAUUCUUGGAUCGAAAUCACUCCGCUUGUCCGAUUUAUGUUUAGCGCACGCGAAUGUGAGAAAGUUCCAGUCACUUUCUGCGUGCAAGCAAACAAUCGACAUGUGCGGAAGCUGAAUGUGGCAGCAGUGAACCGGUUGCUCGACCGUUUGGCGAGGGAUAAAUAUCUGAAGAUCCUCUUACGUUGCUGGCGAAAUUUGAAUCGGGUGGUAGUUGGCGGUGAUGGGAAAGAGUUUAAGUUGUUUUUCUCCUCGACGUCGACCAAACCCUCUGCUCCACUCGAAUAUAGGCUCUCGAGCGACGAUGAGCUCAUAUACUCUAGCAUCAAACCUACUUUGAACUUGGACGGGCUUUUUUCGAAUACCAACAUACGAGAUAGAGUCUUUGGAUAUCUGAACCAUUCUGGUGACAGAAUAACUUUUGAUCUUGAUCAUCACACCGUUUCGCCCCCUUGGCAGGAGCUGCUCCACGUCAACCAGACCCUAAGGACCUACAUUCGGCGCACAUUCAGACGCACAACGUUUUGGCAGCUCGUCUCAAGCAAACGCGACUAUCGACUUGACGCCUCUGCCGCGUUUCAGACGAUGCUCGAACUCAGACCCGACUCUGACAACAGACUCGGAAGCAUCAUUGAGUUAAACGUCGUAACAGAAGCCCCAACAAGUAUAUACGACAUCCGCCUCAACGCUACAAGCCUUGUUGCCGCCACGGCUACAGCGCUGUGCAGUGUAUCUGUGCGACUAGACGGACAACCCUCAACAGACCCGCCCACAUCGCUCGUUCACAUUAAAACCCAACUCUUGCGGCUCUUCGCCCAUAUCCUUGACCUACAUCCGCAACUGGCGCGUCUGUCGUGCCCGCCAGUGUAUAUGGAUGGCCAAUGCCGCGUACGCGAAGCGGACACUGCGGUUGGCGUGAUAUGCGAUCCGCGGUACGAAGAACGCCCGUGGGAUACUGGAGCGAGGCUAGAGCAGUACGGACAGGUCUUCCGGCGGUUUGAGAGGAUGAAGGAUGCGCCGGCUGGGUUCGAUACGACGCUGAUCGACUGUGUGGCGCAUCUCACGGCUUCAUGGUUGCAUUGGGAGGAGUGGAACGGCUUAGAUGAGGAUGCGGCGCUUUAAGAUCAGUUGCAUGGGAGUUAGAGCCUACGAGGAAGUGCUAGGUGGUGCAGAAGCAUCUCGCCGCACAGCGGAGUUCGUACAUCUAUGCGAGACGCCGCGAGUAUCGCGAAGGAACGCUACCUCGCGUAACGCAGCUGCAGGGCAACAUUUUGCAACACCUCUUCACUUUCACCUUCACUCGCUGUUGCCUCGCGUGCGCUAGCG